AGAUUCUCCUCUCAAACAAUCUCCUAUUUUCUUUGUUCCGAAUCGAUACCUUUCUCAAACUCCCUCUCUCUUUCUCUGCCCUCUCAAACUCCAUCUCUGUCUUGCUCUCUCAGUUUCUCUGCGUCGAUAUACCUCCCCGCCGUCAUCUCUCUCUUUCCUUUCUCUAUCAAAAAUCGAGGUCCAAAAGCCCUAUUUACUGCUCUCAUUUGGUAUCUGUUUCAUUUUCUUAUUCGUUGUUGCCCUCUACCUGUGUUGUCCCUCCUGCCGUUCUCUCAGUUGGAAACGCCCAAAACCCCACGCCAAUCCUCUCUGCGCAAAACCUCCUCUCAGGCAAACCUCUCUGUCAACCGCGCCUCUCUCAGCCUCCGCUUCCCUCUAAGCCGCCACCUCUCUCAAUCGCCGCCAUCACAGAUUCAGCACAGCAGUUCGCAGCCCCUCCUGCCCAAGCAAAGGCAACCGCUGGAGUUGCUUUUAGGCCCUUGAGGAAGACCGGGCUGCUUUGGAUCCUGGAGUCUUUUAGAUUAGAAGAUGAGUAUGGCCCUGAGCUGAGCUAACUUGUAGUUUGUUUUGUUUUAUUUUUUGGUCUGAAAAUACUUAAUUAAAAGGCGCAAAAACCGCCAGCAAAACAACAAGACAGGCCAUAAAUUUGUACUGCCAUAUUACCCUGGUUGUCAAUUCAAUUUUCUUUAAAAUUAAGAGCCCUGAUUUACAAAUUACAAUCCUCAAUCCUGACUUUCAUAGAAUCAUCUGAAGCUCUAUUGGGGAGAAGCUCAAUCUGAUUUUUUUGGGAGGGAACAAAUGGGGCUUCUCAGCAUCAUUCGAAAAAUUAAAAGGAAGGAAAAAGAAAUUCGUAUACUCAUGGUUGGGCUUGACAAUUCUGGCAAGACUACCAUUGUUCUCAGGAUUAAUGGAGAGGACACCAGCGUUGUCAGUCCCACACUCGGCUUCAACAUCAAGACCAUCACUUACCAAAAGUAUACCCUUAAUAUAUGGGAUGUUGGGGGACAGAAAACAAUAAGAUCUUACUGGAGAAACUAUUUUGAGCAAACUGAUGGUCUGGUAUGGGUAGUUGACAGUUCAGAUCUUAGAAGGUUGGAUGACUGCAAAAUGGAACUUGAUAAUCUUUUGAAGGAAGAGAGGCUAUCUGGAUCAUCCUUAUUGAUACUAGCAAAUAAACAGGACAUAAAAGGUGUUCUUACUCCAGAAGAAAUUGCUAAGGUUUUGAACUUGGAGGCGAUGGAUAAAACUCGGCAUUGGGAAAUUGUUGGCUGCAGUGCAUACACGGGAGAUGGACUGCUUGAGGGAUUUGAUUGGUUGGUCCAAGAUAUUGCCUCUCGGAUCUAUGUGCUGGACUAAUGCCUAUCUGGAGUAUUUUAUUUUUGGUUGUGUUUUGAGUGACUUUUCAUUGAGGUGGAGAGUAUAACACAACUUCCUGCCAAAAUUUGGUUGUUAUAGGGUCAUGGUGCACAUAAGUGUUGAUUGGAAAAACAAAUUAACCAUGAAAGCGCUUCCUAAUGUAUCCAGAAGUUGUCUUGACGUUUUACUAGUGGUCAGUUCAUCUUUGGGGUUGAUCAACACAUCUUUACAAACAUUGCAUAUAAAAAGACUCAUGUUUGAUACAAGUUACAACAAA